GUACUUUGCAGUAAAUCCUUUUUGUCACAACCUUCUCGCUGUUUUAUCCUGAGCAAAAGAGCAUUCUCUACAGACACAACCAAAUAUUUAGCUGCGGCCAAUAUGGGUGACACCAGUAAACCCUUAAGAUAUGUCGACAUUGGGAUCAAUUUUAGUGAUCCUGUUUUCAGGGGAGAGUACCAUGGAAAGCAGGUUCAUGAAAGUGACUUGGACGACAUCAUCCAGCGUGCUCGCGAAGUAGGCUGCGAAAAGUUCAUGGUUACGGGUUCGGAUGUGGAAGAGUCCCGACGUGCUAUUGAAAUCGCCCAGAAUUAUCCGGGAUUUUGCUAUGCCACAGUUGGUGUUCAUCCCUGCCAGGCCAAACUGUUCGAUGAGUUUCCGGGUGGUCCGUCGAAGAUGCUUGACGAACUGAGGUCCCUUGCACUAGAAUCGAAAAACUCUGGAUACGCAGUUGCGUUCGGUGAAAUAGGUCUCGAUUAUGACCGACUGUUCCUGAGCGCAAAAGAACCUCAAUUAAAAUAUUUCGAAGCCCAGCUGGAUCUCGCAGUAGAGAUACAACUUCCCCUCUUCCUCCAUUCCCGGGCUGCUAGCGAGGACUUUGAGCGGUUACUGGCACCCAGGCUUGAGAAGCUUCCCAAGAAGGGUCUCGUUCACAGUUUUACCGGGACUAUGGAGGAGAUGAAACGCAUGGUUGCCCUCGGUUUGGACGUCGGUGUCAACGGUUGCAGCUUAAAGACGGAGGAGAACCUGGAGGUGGUGAAGGCUCUGCCUCUGGAACGACUUCAAAUAGAAACGGAUGGCCCGUGGUGCGAAAUACGCCCGUCUCACGCAUCCUCCAAAUACCUAGAAGGUGCACCGACACUACCAAAGGCUGUCAAGAAGGAGAAGUGGCAAAAGGGUUGUAUGGUUAAGGGUCGCAACGAGCCUAUUGCUAUCGCCCAUGUCGCCCACGUCAUUGCCAUGGUUAAGGGAAUCACUGUUGAGGAAGUUUGCGAAGCUGCCUGGAACAAUUCAAUUAGAAUGUUUGGACUUGGAGAAGGAACAUCGUAGCUCGGUCCCUAUCUUUUCCAAACAGAGCGCUCUAUUCAUGCUUGACUUUGAACUUUUCUUGAUAGCCCAAUAGACACGGACUUCGGACAUCCCUUGCCAGUCUUGCUUUGCUGUGAUCAUGAUAGAUAGAUGAGUCUGGAAUUUGUCGUUACUUUACGGAUCCCCGGAUCUCCCCGAAAAGGCCCAAGGCCCCAACCAUGGUUCGAGAGGGCUUUCAGGGCUGCACCUGGAU